AUGAACAUUCAAAAGACUCCUAAAGAUUUAUUUGAUAACAAGAAUGAAGAAAAAAUCACUAAGAAACUCCAUCCCGAAUACGGUGUCUACUUUGGUGCUCUUGUAUCCAUUUUAAUUCCUGCCAUUAUGAUUUGCUUAUUUGAAGAGGAUACCAUAAAAAAAAAUCCAUUUUUUAUAUCUCUAAUGGUUGGUUUUUCAUUUUUAUAUUCUAUGAUUCUAAAUGUCUAUACAUUUAUGAAAAUUAGGAAGUGUGAUUGGGAAUCCUUAGAGACUUACUACUACAUAUCCAAAUUCUUCCUUCUUUUAUUUUCCAUCAUCUCUGCCCUUUCUCUCAUUUCAAUUCCCAUGGGUGGUAACUUUCCUCGAAAUGAUCAGAAACUUUAUACUUUUGGGUUCUUCCCGUGUAUUGUAUCGACUGCCUAUUUGUUGUUUUUUAAUCUUACACCGAAGUCCUCCCCAUUUAUGGGCCCAGUUACCGACAUUUUUAUUAUUCUACUGUUUCUAACAUAUUCGAUAGGAAUUUGGCUUUGUGUUGCUCUUGAAAACUCUAAUUUUUCUUUUUUAAUUUACCUUGGAGUUCUCUUUCUUGCUCUUAUUCCGUUGAAAUUACUGAAAGAUCAAUAUAAUCCAUGUAGAAAGGAUGAUAAAGCUUCUACAUUGCAGAAGCAAAUUCUCUUUAUCCUUAUAUUGAUUACUGCUGCAACCAUCUACGGACUUUUACUAUUCUUUGAUUUGCAUUCUCUCCCAUUCUUUAACUUUAAUGAUUAG